CCCCCCCCCCCCCCCCCCCCCCCCCCCUCUCUCGCUGACCGGCACUGUACCAUUGUGGGGGUGGCCUCGUAGGCCGUUAUUUACCUUUUUUUUUCUUCUAUUGAAUUCCUUAAACGGCGUCGCUUUCUUGUUAUGGGGGACGAGAAAUCGGCGAUCGUCAUGGCCAGCAGAGAGAGAGAUCGAGAGCUUCUCAUCCCUGUGGCAAGCUCCGGUGACGACGACGUCUCGUCCUCCUCCGCCUCCAAGCCCUCUUCCUCGUUCUCGUCUUCGCACCACGCUGGGCGGGAGACCUUUUACAAAGUUAUUAGGAGCUGGGCUUCAAAAAAGUUCAUGACCGGAUGCGUCAUCCUACUUCCAAUAGCGAUUACUUUCUACAUAACAUGGUGGUUUAUUCACUUUGUUGAUGGCUUUUUCUCUCCUAUCUAUGCUCAUCUUGGAAUUGAUAUCUUCGGUCUUGGGUUUGUAACUUCUAUAACAUUCAUCUUUUUGGUUGGGGUGUUCAUGUCAUCAUGGUUGGGUACAUCUGUCCUUGCACUUGGCGAAUGGUUUAUCAAAAGGAUGCCAUUUGUUCGUCAUAUCUACAAUGCCUCGAAGCAAAUUAGUGCUGCCAUAUCACCAGAUCAAAACACACAGGCCUUUAAGGAAGUAGCCAUAAUAAGGCAUCCCCGUAUCGGUGAAUAUGCAUUUGGGUUCAUUACUUCAUCCGUAACCCUCCAGAAUUAUUCUGGAGAGGAGGAGCUAUGCUGUGUCUAUGUUCCAACAAACCAUCUUUACAUUGGUGAUAUGUUUCUGGUCAAUGCUAAGGAUAUUAUCAGACCGAGUUUAUCCGUGCGUGAAGGAAUUGAAAUCGUUGUGUCUGGGGGCAUGUCAAUGCCUCAGAUCCUGUCGACUCUGGAUUCACGGGUUAUGCCAGUUGAUAGAAGCAGGCCUAAUAGAAGCUAGGAGUGAAGAUAUUAGAUGUAGUGGAGUUGUUUGUUUAGUAACUUGGUUCAUAUUCAGUUGGAGUAAUCACAUUACCAAUCUUUUGAUAAGGCUGGAAUUGGAAUUAGAUUUUCAAUCAGUGGUCGUUGAAGUGUCAGAUUUCAAAUGCCUCUUGUAAAUUGGUUUCUACGUGGAAUAUAUAGCAUCAAGUCUUUGCUUGGAGA